GACACUACUACUACCAUCACCUAUUACCUGUUUCUCCUUACGUCUUGGUCAACGGUGAGGAUAGACCACAGCCAGAGACAACACCUGUGAGGCGGGAGCAGCAGCUGGUGACUCAAGAGGCUACUUCAUACACCUGACAGCCAUACCAGCUAGCAGGGAGGAACAUGUUGCAGAGGCUUGUGGUACAUUUACUUCUGGCUGCCGUGUAUGUCUCCUUCAGCGUCGCCUCUGCCAGUGAAGUGGCAGGUCCUGACUCCUUUACCGAAGAUGGACAGGAGCGGCAGCAAGACGUAUCGCCGUGGGUGUUGCCGCAGUGGUGGUGGCUCAGCUCCGUGCUCUCCCUGCCCCAGGACCACACCUCACACGCCACCACCACCAAAACAAACCAAUACCUGGUGAACGCAGUAGAAGAGGAAGACUCCACGUUGUCGCUGGUGCUGCCUGCCGAAGGUAACGGCGAGAACGACAAGGUCAGGGACGAUAUGUCACGGGGUGGAAGCUCUGCUGCAACACGGGUGGGCAAGCGGUCACGGCCCUGCAGGUCACAAGGUAAAAAUCGGUGUCGCCGCGGACUGGUGAAUCUGGUGCCCGCCUCUGAGGUCCACCAGAGCUGGAAAAAUGACUACUUAUCAGUGCCUGAAGCCCUCGUCCAGUUCUCCCAGGAGCAAACAGAGGAGACGGUGUGUAAGGACCUCUCCGUGCAGCUGUUCCGUGUUGACCUGGCGGAGCUGCAGCUGGAGCCCUACUGGGUGAGGCAGACCGCUCACCUGGGCAUGUGUCCCUCCAAGCUACAGACUCGCAAGCUGGGUGACAACGUGUGGCCCAACAGCGUGGUGGAGACCAAGUGCAUGUGUCAGCGUGAGCUUUGUUCCAACGAGGGCGGCGACUUCCGGUGCCAGGCGGUGCGGCGACCCAUCAGGACGUGGGUUCGUCACAUGGACCAGUUCAUGCCCACGGAGGAGAUGGUGUCGGUGGGCUGCGUGUGUGCCCAGAAGACCAGCCCCGAGGGUAACUACGCCAGGAUUGAACUCCAUAGUUAAUUAUGGCACCCGAGGCACCACCUCACUGUACACGUGACACACACACACACAUGAACACUUGGUGAGAUGAAGGUACACGAGUCUUUCACCAGUAUAAGUGACUCCAGCUAGUGCACCAUUACCACCAUAACACUACACCCUCUCCCUCCCCAGACGAGGUCACCAAACCAUUGCAGGUACCAUAGCACCAUUCUGACCUGGAGUUCACCGCAUCAUAGCACCAACAAGGUCGCCAGUAUCACCAAAAUACAGCAAUUUUUCUGUUUUUGUUUCUGAAUCAAUAA